AUGACAGAGACAACAAUUAAACAAUUGGCAACCGUUUUUCCAAUAGAUGCUAAAGCGUUGGAGCCAGAUCCGAAAUUUCGACGACGUCGUUCUAUUAUUCGUGAGUUUAGUCUUAAUACUUCAACUCAUGGUAUUCCAGGUAUUGCACGUAGUCAAAAUAUAGAUAAUCGAAUUUUUUGGAUAGUUUCAACACUCAUUUUUACUGGUAUUAUGCUCUUUUUUAUUGUUGAAUCAAUGAAAGCUUAUUUCAAUUAUCCAACACAAACAUCAGUAUCAUUUAUUGUCGAACGUUCACAAGCAUUUCCAGCAGUCAGUAUAUGCAAUUUUUCACCAAUUCGUUUUGAUAAUUUUAUUGAACCAUUUCUAAAUUUUACCAAAUUUCUAAAUUUGACUUAUACAAAUGAUACAAGCACCAUUUCUAUCGAACUAGUUCCUUAUAUUACUGAAUUUGUUCAAAAUUUACUAAAUGAUUCUGAGCCUGUAACUAGUUAUUUUUUUCCUUUGAAUUCAACGUUAAUCUCUUGUUUAUACAAUGGUCAACGUUGUCAAGCUAAUGAUUUUAUUCCAUUUUAUUCAUCUUCUUUUGGUCGUUGCUAUACAUUCAAUGCUAAAAUGAAGUUAAAUCAAAGUAGUGUACGAAGUACUACUGAUUUUGGAGGUAUUGGUAGACUUGAAUUACAACUGUAUGCACACAGUCAUCAAUAUAUUCCAUAUAUUGCACGAGAUGUAUCAGUUGGCAUGAUAGCUAUGAUUCAUGAUAAUACAGAAUUACCACUUAUUGAAGUAGCUGGUAUUCAACUUGAACCUGGAUGA